UUUUUAUUAUUUUAGUUUUGCUGAACGCCAUAUAGAACGUUCAGCCAUUUGUCUGGUGAAUGAAUAAUAAACCUUAUAAAUUAAAAAUAAAUAAUCCAAAGAUAAAUUAAUAAUAAAAAUGAGAAAUAUUGAAAUAAAAGCAAUUUUAAAAAAUCGUGAAUUAGUUGAGAGUAGAGCUAAGAUUUUAUCUGGUUCUGGACCAAUUGUUAUUCGUCAAUCUGAUACAUUUUUUGUUGUUCCAAGAGGUCGUCUAAAGCUCAGAUCAUUUGAGAAUGGAUCUGGUGAAUUGAUUUUUUAUGAAAGACCAAAUAAUGAGGGACCAAAAUUAAGUGAGUAUGUCAAAAUGGAACUCAAAGAAACAUCAGCAUGUGAUGGAUUAAAAGAUAUUUUAAGAAAAACAAAUGGUAUUAUUGGUGUUGUCGAAAAAACUCGUCAUCUUUAUCUUGUUGGUCAGUCGAGAAUUCACAUUGAUCAAGUUAAAAAAUUGGGACAUUUUGUGGAAAUUGAGGUUGUUCUACGAGACGAUGAGAAUGUCAAAGUAGGAGAAGAAAUUUCGAAAAAUUUAAUGGAAAAAUUGGGCAUUUCUGAGGAGGAUUUAAUAUCAACAGCUUAUAUUGAUUUACUUGCACAGAAAAAAUAAAUAAAUAUAUAUGUUGAUUGUAAUGAUAGUAAUAUAAAUUUUUAAUUUUUGAUAUUUAGUUUUUUUUAAUAUAUAUAUUAUAUUAUUACACUCGAUAUAAUAAUGAGUUUAAGAAUUUUUUCUAUGUAAAAUUAGAAAAACAAAAAAAUGUAAGUCAUUUGAUUGAAUAAAAUAUUUGAGAAAUAA